AUGAUUGAAGACAAGUAUAUCGGCCUGUCCCUGGCCAUUUCGUCUGCUCUGGCAAUUGGCACGAGCUUCGUCAUCACCAAAAAGGGCUUGAUACAAGCGGGAGAACUCCAUGGUUUUGAGGGUGAUGGCUACGUCUAUCUGCGCAAUCCUCUUUGGUGGGCUGGCAUUGCAACUCUCGGCAUCGGAGAAGUUUGCAACUUUGCAGCUUACGCUUUUGCGCCAGCCAUUCUAGUCACACCUCUGGGUGCCCUCUCGGUUCUCAUCGGUGCUGUUCUCGGCUCCUACUUUCUCAAGGAGGAACUCGGUAUUUUGGGCAAGCUAGGAAGCGCCAUCUGCCUGAUUGGCGCCGUUGUCAUUGUCUUACAUGCGCCGCCUGAUGAGGAGAUUGAGACUAUCGAUCAGAUACUCCACUACGCUGUGCAACCUGGGUUCCUCCUCUACGCUAUCGCCGUUGUCGCCUUUGCCAUCUUUAUGAUCUACCGAGUUGCCCCCGUCCACGGCAAGAAGAAUGCGCUCAUCUAUCUUUCAAUCUGCUCGACCGUCGGCUCCAUUUCCGUCAUGUCCGCCAAGGCUUUCGGUAUCGCUCUCAAGCUUACCUUUGCCGGCAGCAACCAAUUCAGUCACCCCUCAACUUAUGUCUUCAUGAUUUUGACUGCGCUUUGCAUUGUCACCCAGAUGAACUACUUUAACAAGGCGCUGGCUUGCUUCCCCAGCAACAUUGUCAACCCCCUUUACUACGUCACCUUUACAACCGCCACUCUUUGCGCCUCCUUCAUCUUGUUUAGUGGGUUCAAUACUACCGAUCCUGUCAACACUGUUUCGCUGCUUUGCGGCUUCUUGAUCAUCUUCACUGGUGUAUACCUUCUUAACCUAUCAAGAGGCGAUCCAAACGGUCAGAAACUCGUUGGUUCACACUCCGGUUACGACGCCACUCCGACCGAUAUUGUUUCCAGCUUCCAGACCCGUCGCAGUAUGCAAGCUCGCCGCAGCGGAGAUCCUUCGCGACACAGCAUCGGCAGCGCCCAUGGUGAUCGCGACGGUCUGAUCCGUGCGUACGAUGAGGAAGAAGCGGCCGGUUUUGGUUUGGCCGACCUGGCUGAGGAGAGCGAAGAUGAGGGCUCCCGCCGGCCCAAUGGCCGUAGCAGCCGAAGCAAGGAACAAGAUACCAUCGAGCUUCAGAGCCGAAAAUCAUCGGGAAGAUAA